AUGUCGUUAUUCCUUGUCUGCCUGCGUCUGCCCGUGGAUCGCCGCGACCUGGCGAAGGUGUACCGACUCAGAAUUUACCCUCAACUGGGAACAUCUUGUGGCCAGCAUGGGUAAUUCGAUGGAAGUGUCACAAGGUUCUUUGUAGGAUCGUCUCCAAGAGGUGUUCUCAGGACUGACACACAUUGUGUCCUUGGGAAAAUAUCCAAGUCAGGAGAAAAAGUGUGCACCCAAGGAGAUUCGGACCGGUAUCCAGCUGACGCCAUGUGCGAAGGUGUACCGAUUAAGGUAAAAGUC